GACACACCAGUCCACAAGAAGAAGUCACCGAAAUACCGUUCCCCGGUGGCACGGAAUGGCAGGUGAAAGAUAAAUCAAAAGCGUACCGCAAUUCCGCGACGAUCUGUAGUGCUGCGUGUCCCCUACGUGUGCGGUGUUUGGAUUUUCAUCGCAAAUGUUUUGGCCCCGCCGAGAACAGCCCACCUGUGCCAGUGGCCUUUGAGUUGCACGCGUUCACGCCUGGACAACCCAAAAUCUUGUCUCGCUGAGCCGUCGUCGAAGGUGUAAAGCGAUACUCAGGAGAGCCUUCUGCGUGGUGCAAUUUGCAUUGUCUUGUCUUGUGCACUUCCGGCCGGCGAGGGUGGGUUUCAACCCCGCAGCAUGUCUUAAUUGGUGUAACGAGUGAGCAAUUGCAUUGGUUCUGUAACCUGACUGACACCCGUGACCUCUGCCUCUCCCACGCCUUCGCAUUCCGGCAGCUUGAAUUUCGUCUCUCGAGUGUGAACGACGAAACAAACUCACUGGUGCGUGAAAGUGGGUCAACGCUCUGCCCGGUGCUCGGUGCCUCCGAGACGGAUCGUCAACCGGUAGGUCCGGUGUAAAGGCCUAGAAGAUACGGAGCAGACAAUUUUGGUACGGUCGGUAGCGCCAGUCGUUGACCGGGUACGGCCGUAGCAGGAUGUCGAUCGAUUUGCAGAAACAUCGAGAUGCCAUUGUCGGAGCCUGGAAGUCGGUGGUUGACCGGAAGUCUGCCACGAACUGGGCUCUGUUUGGCUACGAGGGACAGAGCAACGUGCUCAAGCUGCAGGAAACGGGCGAGGACGGUAUCUCGGAGCUGGCGGCGGAGUUGAAUUCGGGUAAAAUCCAGUAUGCCUUCCUAAGGGUCGACAACAGUGAGACGGGUAUCGCAAAAUUUGUGUUUAUCAACUGGCAGGGCGAAGGGGCCCCCAUCGCUCGUAAGGGAACAUGUGCGAAACAUGUGCGCGACGUGACCGCGGUGCUGCACGGUGCCCACAUCACGGUCCACGCCACCAACGAGGACGACGUCGAGGAGGCCCGCAUUCUCGAGAAGCUGCAGAAGGUAGUGGUAAACGAUUUUAAGGUGAAGGACUACUCGCAAGCGAAUGAAGUCACCAAGCCUGUUGGAACAAACUACAGCCGGGUGAAUCCGACGAAAGAGAUCAAUCCGGCCGAGCGGGAUGAGUUCUGGAGGAAGGAGGAGGAAGAGGAGAAGCACCGUUUGCAGGCGGAGUACGAGCGGAAGCUAAACGAAACAGUAUUGCUGGAAGAGGAACGACGACGACGGGAGGAACGUGAGUUUGAAAAACGGGAAGCGGCCACCGAUGCUGGCAAUGUGCAUGCAGCGACGACACCCAUUUCCCCGGAGCGCAGCUAUGCCCGGCAGGCAUCGGACCAGAGCAAAACAGAACGAGAUCGCGAAAUCAAGCAGGUGGUCGAGGCGAGUGCGAAGGUGAGCAGCGCUAAGGCCCGCUUCCUGAACAGCACGGCCCAGCUCAGCCCGACGCACAUACAAGCCGAGGUGGCCCAGGAGCUGACCGGGCAACCCUUCUCGCCGACGGCCUCAUUCGAGGAGCGCUCGAUCAUCAACGAGCUGAAGGCGGAACUGGAAAAUGAACUUCAGAAUGGCGCCGGAACGGAAACUCCACCUCCCGGCGUGGCGCUGGUCGAGGAAACGAAUGGUUCAACCGUUUCGCCGGUGCUGACAGCCGAUGCGCAGGCGGUUGCACCCGGACAGUACUUUGAUCCGAACGCGACCAUCGACCUGUCGGACGAGGAUAACAUCAUUCGCGCUCGGGCACUGUACGAUUAUCAGGCGGCGGACGACUCGGAGAUCAGCUUCGAUCCGGACGAUAUCAUUACGCACAUCGAUCAGAUCGAUGAGGGCUGGUGGCAAGGAUUGGCACCGGACGGCACGUACGGUCUCUUCCCGGCGAACUACGUGGAGCUCAUCUAAAGAGGCGAGAAAUGACAAACGGGGAGGCAUUUAGGAAUUUAUUCAUCGUUAUCAUCCGUUUAAGUGCAACAAGCAUCACAUAAUAACAUUAUUACUGUUAACGAUUGUAUCCAUCACGUAUUACGCAACUAGAUCAUCCCAUUAGUAGACGCACACCCAAACGCAUCGAUUCCGCGUGUAAGUGGAAGCUCGAUCUAUAUGGCACAAAAGCACUAAAUCGCCUAACUAAGACAAACAUGUGGGACACAAUCGACUUAAAAAGAAAGUGGAAGGGAGGAAGGGGCAGAACGUUGUCUAGUUAAAACGAGUACAUCGUUUAACUUCUGUGAGUUAAAUGUUUUCUCUCGAUGUUUCUCCGUUUUUAUCCCCGUGAUAGUUGUGCAAAUAUAAUAGUAGUAACAUUACAGUAGACAUCGAGAGCGCGGAGUGUGCACGUUCCGCUGUUCUGCCCACUCAGCUGACACGAUGGGGGGGAGUGGGUCGUUUUAACAAAACUAGUUGUAAACACUACACAGCAGCCCAUGAUCGAAACGAAGUAGGAUAUUCGAAACGCAAUAAACAAAAAAAUGCAAAAAUAAAUCUAUUACACCGAAUAUGUAACACACUCUCUCCAGUGAAUGAACUGGGUUAAUCUUUUUCCUUUCGAUUGUAUGUGUACGAGAAAAGUCCAUUCGUUGGUUUAGGCUAACUUGAUCAAAUAAAAACCCAAUCUGUUUA